UUGACAAAUUUAAGAAGAUCGAUAUUCUCAUAAACAACCAUGGAAUCAACCCGGCUUUCGGCCACAUCCUUGAAGUGGAAGACAGUAUCUGGGACAAACUUUUUGAGGUGAAUGUGAAAGCCGGCUGGCAAUUGGCGAAGCUUGUUCAUCCACACAUGGUAAAGAACGGUGGUGGGAACAUCGUCUUCAACGCUUCUGUUGGAGCAUACAAGUCGCCACCGCUAUGGAGCGGUGCUGGAGAUGAGGGCGAGAAAGACGUGGUCGACAACAUGGAGGUGAGUGCUGCUUGA